UGCCAGAGCUUAGUGCGUCUUUCAAGUGCAAGGUGAAACGUUUUUCCAAGCUAAAGAAAUCUACAAAAUGACCAAGAAGGUCGUAUUUUUAGUUUGUGUGAUAUUUUUGCAGCUUGCGUUCUGUAUGCUCAAGCCACAAACCCCAAAUGAGACACUGGACAAAAGUAUAGAGCAAAAUGAGCUUAUGGUGGAAAAAGCUGCCGAAAUAGUGAAGGAUGUGACUUUAGCAGAAAAAAAUCACAUAUUGAGCGAACGAAAGAGACUUAUCGAUAUGAUAAUUGAUGGCAGCACAGGGCAUUAUGUUUACCUACUCAAAGGUACUUAUAAAAUUGCCAAGGACAUAUUAACCGAUCCAGCGGUGGUUGGUACGGACACAGUUGAAGCACAAAAUGAAAAAAGGUUGCUGGAGUUAUUUAUCAACGGAACAGCGGGCAUUUUAAAACAAACCUCUGAUAAAUGCAUACAACUUGUUUUAAGACAAUUCUUCACCUUUGCCAAUCGACACACACAGAAGAGGGAUAAUCGCGGUAAAGAAGUUGAUAUUUGGGAAGAUGCCUUAACAAGGCACGGUAUGCGUGAGUUUGAAGCUGAAGAAAAUAAGUUACUCAAUGAAAACGGUAAUCAGUAUGCAGAUGAAUUUGAUAAUUAUUUGAAAUCACUCUCACCAGCCGGUCGUGCAAUGGAGGAGGAUUUAGUGUAUGUCUUUGAAACAUAUAUGGAAAAUAAGAAAGUUAUGGAUAGAGUGAAUUAUGGUUAUCGUUGUAGAGAUGCUCUAUUGAAUUCGAUUUUUAUUUAAAUACAUAUGUAUGUAAUAAUUUGUAUGUAUAUACUGAUAUUUUCUAAAAAAGUGUCUCUAUAUAAUUUAA